AUGUUUGCAGUAACACCAGGGGUCAAGACUAUCAAACGACUUUUGCAACUUCCACUCAUCAAUUCGAUACUCAACAGCAUGAGACUCACCAAUAGCCCACCAGUUCAUCGCAAAAGACUCAUCUGGCCGCAUCAACAUUUAACUCCAACACCUGAAGAAAAUCUUAAUACGAUGAGGUCAAAUCCAUCAGACCAACUUGACCUGCAUACUCAAGACACCUCACUAGCCUUCAACAUCAAUGUUCUUCUUCUCUCCGUCUCUGCUUCUUGUGAGAUAUUACGUGUUGCCGAUGACUUGGUCCAUAGGGUAUCCAAGCGAGUUCGAAAUAAUGCUAUCGUUCGCAGCAAAAUGUUACAAAGCCCUAGAACCAACAAUCCCGAAGUUCGAAUUACUCUUCAUGUUUUAAUUCUUUUACCACAUUCACUCACAUUCACCGUCGAAGCGGCUGCACACCUCGAUACGCUUCGUUCAAUACCCAACAUUAUUCUACGUAUUCAUCCAAUUGUGACCAUUCAUCCUUCUGGUUACAGGCAGACUAUAUUUCGAGCUCUUCACACUGGUCAAUUGGGCGAGAUUGUACAUACGCUCUCUCAGGCUGCCUUUGUACUUUCAAUCGAAUCUACUUCCCAUGAUGGCAACCUCGAUCUCUCAGGUGCAUUUGUGGACGUCAUCACCCAGUUGCUAUGCUCUCACCUCGCUCUACAAAAUGCCACUCGAUUCAAAUGGAAAGCGAUGCUCGGAAGACCAACAAUUUCAGUCUAUCUUGCUACAUCACAAACCACGGACGAACAUCAACUCGCUGAUCAAACUAUGUACAUCGCUCGUCAUAGUGCCAGAGUUCUAAAUGAUAAAGCAUCUGCUUACUCAGGGGCAGCAGGUCUUGGACAAACGAGUCAAAAUUCUACAGACGAAGCCAAACGUCCUAACAAGAAGCCCCCUCCAGCAUCGGCAAGACCUCGAACGGCCAAUGUCUCGACCAGUACACCUUCACAUGAACCAAUACCUCGACCUCCAACUCCAGAAUUGUUGCGAACCGCGCCAGGUGCCUCGCCUGUUUUUUUAGUCGCUCGACUCGAUUGUGGUAUCGAGUUGAGAGUGUUCCAGCCUGAUUCACCCAAUGUAUCUGUCUUCGAAGACCAACCGAUCCAACCAUCGCCUCUUCAAUCAGACAAUUUCUGUAAUACUCAGCUUCAUCCACAUCCUGGUACUGAAUCAUCAUCAAGGCCUCAUAGGACAGCUACACCCGAAGGCUUACGAAAUGUGACACCUGCUCUGCAAAUAUCCAUAGGAGCUAGUAAACUCCUCGAGCCCAAUCGUAGAGCCCACUUACCUCCUAAGAGCUCUUUGCGAGCCGCUAAGCCACCUAUUGAAUCAACUGUAGAACAACCUCCGGUGGUUCAAGUACUAGAAUAUUACCCCGAGAAGGCAUAUCGGUUAUUGGGACAUGGUCAAACCGGAGGGCAGUCGCAUUACGUCAAGUCGGCCUCCUUACGUACCCCUUCUCCACGCCAAGCAAGUGAACAUCACUCGCCAAGCCUACACCGAUCUAAUAUGCCAACUGAGAGACCACCAGCUGGUAUGGUUUUUCCAGAUGCUCAAAUCUCACCCAUCUCAUCACCUUCGCCUCAGCAUAAUCAGUCUAGAUCUCGAUUUGUCUUACCGACAACUUCUCUAAAGUAUCACAACGGUGCUAGUACCUCUGGGACAAACUCUGUCUAUCAUACGGCUGCAACUACAAAAUUCAAUUUACCACCUCGGCCUACUCGAUCUGGUGCGAGACCUCGUACGGCACCUACCUCAAGAAAUUUCGAAACUGAGCCCAAUCACGACCGUAAAGCAACUGUCACCUCCAAUCUGGCAAGAAGCCAGAAUAGAGAGUUGGAGAGGAGCCAAUUAUCAUCAGGUCUAUCGAUUCAUCAAGAAUACACUAAUGGACCACCAGGAGCCAUGAACCUGGCAUCAAACGGAGAAGGAUUACAACGACGACGUGACCUUGCUAGUCUUGCAUUUGAGACACAACCAGUACCUAUGGAUGCAAGAUGCCAAGUUGAUCUUCAUCCACGAAGAGAAGUGGGAGAACUCGAUAGUAUUAUGAUGGACGAAAGUCAACAAAUGGAUGUGAAGUAUAUGUUUGAUAGACAGGCUAGGAAUCCAGAUCUUCAAAGACCUAACCCUAUGCAAACUAGACACGACAUCUCCAAUAGGGAAGGAGAAAGAGAGUCAUCAACAGAACGCCAAAAUAUGUUCUCAUCUACUCUGUUAUCACGCUUUAACUCAAUUCGAUCUACUACCUCGAGUCAGAUGUCAGGUUCAGUUUACUCUCCACAACAUACACCUACUGGAAGUGAUGAUGAGGAUGAUGAAACUCAUUUGAUGCAAAUUGCUGAUUUACUUAAUGAUCGAAGAAAAAGGGCUGAUCUUUGUUCAGUAGCUAUUAGAUAA